AUGCAGCACCAUGUCGUUCAGUACGACGACAGCGACAACGGCGAUGACGACGGUGGAUUCCCUGUUUCCUACGCCGUUAUUCGCUUCUCCCACGAUGGUGGAACUUUUGAGACGGGAGGUCCAGUCAUAUCUCGCGUCUCUCGCGUCUCUCGCGUCUCUCGCGUCAAAACAGCUACUGUGACAAUCACUGCCACCGAGUCAACCCAGACGACAAGCUUGACCACAAUUUCGUCGUCGCUAACUACGAACACGGCCACCGUCACUCCAUCGUCUGCCACUAUAACAUUGGUGACUUCUUCGACGCAGAUCACCUCGCUGCCCACGUCGAUUGAUUCCGCCCCCGCGGCGGCUCAGGUCUCAGUUCCGGUCAAUACUCUUAUUGCCAUCAUCGCUGGCACUGUCGGUGGCCUCCUGCUCUUCGUCUUCGUGGUUGCUGUCAUUCAUGCUUUUGUGCGCCGCAGACGAAUCGUUCACGACGAGACCCAUAGUCCUAUCGGCGCUGAUACCAUUAUCGAGAAGGGAGGCUCCUCCAGUGAGCGGCAGCAACACCAUGAGAACAGCGGCAAUGUCGGCAACAGAGGUAUCUCCCAGCCAUCCUAUAUCGCGCAUCCGGAGCUUGGUAUAUCUCAGCAACACCCGACGGCAAACUACAUGCCUGCUGGCGAUAUCCGCAGCCGGGCGCACGAUAUAUAUCCAACACAGGCCAUUGCCGAACUUCCCGCCGGUCCGCACUUUGGCCAGUCACAGCACGGUUAA